AUGAACUACGCAAAUAACAGCAAUGGUUUACUGAAUAAUAACGAGAGUAGUGAAGUUAAUUCCUUUUUGAGCAAUUAUGAAAAUUUAAAUAUUUCAAAGAACAGCACUGCCGAAGAAAUAGCAGAGAAGUAUUUAAGAAGCAAAUUAAGUUUUGAUUAUAAACAUAUUAAUAAGGUAAAUUAUAAUAUUAACAGCACAGGCAAUUAUUGCGAAAACAGUAAUAACUAUAAUAACAGUAAUAUCAGUCAUAACAGUAGUAACAAUCAUAACAACCAUAAAAGUAAUAGCUAUAGUAAGUAUAAUAUGGAUAUGCCAUCGGACCACAAAAAUUUAAAUAAUAGUGCUCAUAAUAAAAAUGAUGACAAAUUAAACUAUUUGAAUAAUAUCACAAAUAAUAAUUAUUCAAGUUAUGAACGAAAUGGGAAUUUUCCCUAUGAUAAUAACAACAUAAAUAAGGUAUCAAAAUUUUCUAAUUUAGUUAACAAUAAUGUUCAUUUAAAUUAUUCUAACGAUAAAAAUGAUGAGAAAAAGGAAUAUACAAAUUUAAUUCUGAACACUGGUCAUGUUAAUUAUUUAGCCACUACUUCUACUUCUACUGGUCUAACAGAAUUUAGUCAAAUGAAUAAAUUUAAAGAGCAGCAAACGAAUAAUAUCUAUGAGAACAAUCAUUUUUUCAAAUAUAAUGAUAAAAAAAGUAAAUUAAAUUAUCACCACAUGGGAGUCUUGGAAAAGGAAAAUUUGAAAAAUAUUGAUGAGUUAAUGAGCGGAUAUGAUGAUGAUAGAAAUCAUGAUGAACAUAACAACAGAAGAAGUAGAGGAAGAAGUAGAGGCAGAAGUAGCAGUAGGGAUACUUUAAAAUACAAACAUAGCACAAGCAAACCCCAUAUAGAGAAUGAAAAAGGAAGGAGCGAAAUAUCGGAAAAGGAAAAUUUUAUUACAUCUUUGGCUAAAAAAAGAGAGUUGUUGUCUGGUCACACAUAUUAUACUGAUCAGAAUAAAUACAAACAUGAGUAUAAUAAUAGCAGGAUAAGUAAAUGUUAUACGGAGAAUUCCAAAUUUAAUAAUAAAAAAAAAAAUUUAAUGCAAAGGAAUAAAGACUAUGUGCAAUACUUAAGUAACAGAAAUAGCAUUUUGAAAAAUGAAUUGUCAAUAAAGAAAGAUUUAAUGAAAAAAAUAAGCGUGCCUGCAAAAUUUGAAUACACACAACAUAUGAAAAAUAAAAUAAACAAUAAAAUGAACAUGAAUAGAAGUAAGCAUCAUAGAUCCUUCUUUAACUCUUUCUAUAAGACUGAGAAGGCGUUAUAUAGCGACACAGGGUUAAUCAACAGUAGCAUGAACAUAUUCAAUAGGAAUAGCGGAACGCAUAAUAGCGGAACGCAUAACGGCAGCACAAAUAGUAACAUCCACUUACGAACUUUCGAAAAAGAAAGCACCAAAUUAAGUGAAAAGAACGAUCCCACUUUCUACUUAGCAAACGGGUUAGCAGCAAAUAUGAACAACAUGGAAAAUGCAGAUAUCCCAUUUGACAUAAGUUUUCUAAAAUCUACCUGUUCCGACUCGAGUAAAAUCAUUGACUCCCCUUUGAACUACGAUAAUGAUAGGGACAACAACUACGGUAACUACAACGAUAACAACGACAUCUUAAGUGCAGCAAGCUGUGUUAUGAAAAAGAUCAAAAACAAUACAAUGAUAAUGAACAACAUAAAUAUUCCAAACUGUAAUUCAAAUAAAGAUUCUUUAAUUUUUUAUAGUGAUACAAAAAAUAAUAAAAAUCAUAUAGGAGACAGUGUAAUAUAUGAUGAAAAUAAUGAAGAAAAAAAAAAUAGAGCAGUUGAAUAUAUAUCACCUAGUAGUAUUAACUAUACCCAUAUAAUGAAUAUUAAUAAUAAUACAAAGCAACAUAUAGAUAAGAAAGAUAUAUUUCUAAGUACUAAUAAAUCAAUUGUGUUAACACAAAAUAAUGAAAAAGUGAAAGAUGACUAUCCUUAUAUGGAAGUGGACAGGGAAGAAUGUGCCCCAAAUUUAAUUCAAAAAAAUAAUAGAAAUAUGAGUAACAACAUUUCUAAUAUUAAUAAUUUAUAUAGAGAGAAAGAGAAAUUAAAAAACUUCUCUAAUCCAUCUGAAUAUCAUCUUGGUCAGGAUGAAAAUAUGAACGAAUACGACGAUUUUAGAGGAACAGGCCUACAAAGUGGACAACAAAAUGGCACUAUACAUAGCACCAUAAAUAGCGCCAUAAGUAGUACUAUAAAUAGCACUCCCAGUAACACAAAUAGUGUAAAUCUUAGUGUAAAUGUAAAUAUAGCAAAAAGCACACGCACUAAUACCAACAACGAAAUAAAGAAGGGGGAAAAUAAUAAAUACUUAGAUUCUAACUUAACGUAUAGCAAGAAUAAUAAUACGCACGAAAAGAAUUUCGUCCCUGGUAGAAACUUCGCUUUUAGCAGCGAAAACAGGUGCCCACAAAAUAAUAGUAUGUUCAGUAGUACUUUCACAAGUAACUACAAUAGUAACUACAACCACAACAGCAACAGUUUCAGGGAAUACUUGGGACACGCGAAAAAAGUAGAUGUGAACGAGAAUAGAAUAGAUACAUAUGAUAAAAAGGGGGCCGACAUUCUUUCCCUGUACUUUUCAGAAAAUAAAUUAAACAGCAUAUUUAACAAUAAUGUCAAAAAAGGCUUCUCGCGAAACAACAAUAAUGGAAAUAAUGGCAAUAAUAGUAGUUAUAGUGGCAAUAGGGGUAAUGACAGUAUGCACAGUACCGCAGAGGGGAGGAAAGGACUUAUGGGGAAUCAGAAUAAUAAACUGCGUCUUCAGAGCAAGUUAAAAAAGAGUAAUGUAAUUAGCACCAGUAGCAGGAGUACUAUGCAUUAUUUUUUGCAAAAUGAGUUUUCAAGUACUAAUAAGGAUAAAAGUAAUGUACACGAGUUAAAUAAUAUAAAUAAUUAUGAAGACUAUUGUAAGUAUAUUAGUGAAUCGAUAAAUUACAUGCCAAUAACAAUUAAAAACAUGAACAUAUUACUAGCUCUAGCCUUAUAUUUUUUAAAUUUUACCAUUAACAAUAAUUCGACAAAAAAUGAAUUCCCAGAUGAUGUAUUAAUAAAACUUUUAAACAAAUUCUUAUUUUGUUUAAAUUUAAAAACAUGCUUAUUAAAAGAAACGAAAAUGAUGAAUACCAAUGAGAAUAAAUAUUAUUAUAUACAAAUAAAGCAUAACGAAAAUAUACUUAAUAAUACUACUGUUCAUAUGAAGAAGGAAAAGAGUGAAAUGGAAGCACUCCGAGGAAAAGAAGAAAGAAAAGACGAACUGGUAAGGUGCAAAAAGGAAGGGAUUUCCCAAGAUACAACUGCAUGUCCAGCUAGCUUUUUUACAUUUUACAAUAAAAGAAUAAUUAAAAAUAGAAAGGAGGAAAGUGACAAGAAAGCGGAUAAAGGAUUUGAGAUGAGUAAAAAUUAUGUUGGAAAUGAAAACACUGGUAAUGAUAAUAAUAAUUACUAUAAUAAUAGCAACAACAAUAAUAAUAACAACAAUAAUAAUAACAACAACAAUAAUAAUAACAACAACAAUAAUAAUAAUGACAAUAGCAACAACAAUGGCAGCAGUGACAAUGGAAGUGGUAACAACAACGGCAGUAGUAGUCACAAGAAAAAAUGCUUUUACAUGGAUGAAAAUAUGAAAAUCAUUAGCCUAGUAGAAAUAUAUAAAAUAGCUUGGUGUUUGUGUGUGUUAAAAAAAAAUUGUUUGUACAUUGACUUGUUAAGAAUAUUGUAUAAAGAAAUAGAAUGUGUGAAUAUAGAAAAGGAACUAGUGUUUUGUGUUCUUUAUAUUUUUAAAUAUUGCAACAUCAUUGAAGUAGAAGAAUGUAAAACAAAUUUGAAUAAUCAUAUAUCGAUGAAUUUAGAAAAUAAUAAUAAUGAAAACUUAUGUAUGUAUUUACAUUUAUUAAAUAUUUGCACCUUGCAUGAUCAGAAAUUUUUAACGAAUGGUCAUAAAAAAAAUAUUGAUAAAAUUAUUGCAUAUUUUUACGAUCAAAUAGAGAAUUUAAAUAUAUAUGUGUGUACUAAUAUAUUAUGUGUUUUGGCAAAUUUAAAUAUAAAAAAUCAUGAAUAUCCAUAUUUUUUUAAUAAAAUGUUGAAUUAUUUUAGAAGUAAUAUCAAGAAAAUGAACAAAAGUGUAUUGCUUGUUAAUAUUAUGUGGUCGUUAUGUAUUAUCGAGGUGACUUGUUCAGAAUUUUUAAAAGAUUUAAGUGAAUAUGUUAUAAACAUUUUACAUUUUAUUCCUUUGUCGGAAUUUAUAACAAUAUCAUGUAGUUUCAGUUGUCAAAAAAUGUUGAUUAUCAAAAAUUAUUUUGAACAUGUCAAAAAGACAAACGAAGUAAAAAUACAACAUAAAUAUUUACUCAACCUUCCAAAGGAGUUAGUUGAUGAGUAUAAAAAAUAUGAAUUUUCAAUAAAUGAAUAUUAUGAAAAAAAGAAAAUUUUUCCUUAUUAUUUUUACAGAAAACCAAUAUGUCACUCGAUUAUUUUUAAAAUUUUAGCUUACAAUUUUUUGCACUAUGAGCAAAAGCAGGAAGCAACUCCUCAUCAAGUACUGACAAACCACAUCCCUGAUGACAAUGUCAGCGGCAAAAUUAGAAGCAAAAUGAGUGGCAAUAAUAAUCGUAAUUGUAAUUUGUUCUUACCUGACCCGGACAGUGCAAGCAGAAAAACUGGCAGAAGUUUAAGUGUAGAGACCAAAAAGGAAAAUACUAACAGUGAAAGGGAAGCAAACAUGCACAAUUCACGGUUUAACAGUUCAAACAUUUCCCGAAACGUUAAGCACAGCAGAGUGAUACCUGACGAUGAGAUGACCUCCUUCUCUUCCUCCUCAUCAGUACAAAAGAAUGAUAGCGGAAGAAGUAGACAUAAGAAUGGAAAUAGUAAACUAUUGAGUGAAAAAAAUGAGUGUACAAUGAAAAUUUAUGGGGAAAAUGGAACCGUAAAUAAUGACUCCCUUUUCAACAUGAACAAGUCAGGUAAUAUCGCAGCUAGCGAUUUAAAAAAUAAUUUAAACAAAAAUAAAUAUUUCAAAAAGUACAAUGAAAAGAAAAAAAUAAAAGAAUAUUACAACGUAUGCAAUAGAAAUAAUAACUAUGAGUUUGUGUUAAAUUCCUGUGAACGAAUUUUAUUUGCAAAUUUGAUCGAAGAUUGUUGUAAUAAUUUUGAUGCAUUAAAUUCUCUUCACCUUAUUGAACUGUUAUAUACAUUAUGUAUAUUAAAUUUAGACAAGAGUAAGAUUGUCAAAAUUGUAGAGAGGAAAAUAGAUCAACACAUAUUUAAUGAAAACUAUGAAAAAUUUCUAAAAAAGAAGAAGUAUGUGCAUAAGGAGUACUCUCAAGAAGAGAUAGAAAAUGAAAGGAGUGAAAUGAUUAUUUUAAAUUACAUAUACAACAAGUUUGUUGAGGAACACCUAUUGCGUGGUACUGUUACUUCUCGUGCUGCUGCUACAGGUGCUACUACCGCGAGUACUACUAUUGCUACUACUACUGCUGCUGUUGCUACUACUUCUACUACUACUGCUACUGACUGUAAUAGUAAUAUUAAUAGUGCUAUUACCAAAAGCGAUGCAGAUUAUGCCUUUGCCCUCGUUCUUGACAAUAUACAUUUCCGAAAAUAUAUAAAUGAUGAGCAUUAUUUGAAUGUUAUUAAGGCAAAUAAGGGACCAGUAGGGGAAAGUAAAGGUGCCUUUUAUAAGCUGAAAAAUAUUUUAAAUGCAGCAACUUGCAAGGAAAAGGAUCUAGGGAAAGACACAAAUGUAAAGGAAAACAGCUGUACUACUGCUCCUGCCACUACAACUACUACCACUGGUACUACUACAACGCUUGAGGAUCGUAAUACAAAAAAGGACUUAGACAAAGGAGAAAAGAAAAAUAGAGAAAAAAAUUACAAGAACAUUUUAACCAUUCGCCAAAACAAUGAAGCAACACAUAUGAUAACAAGCACUGAUAUUAAAAAUAAUAAAUUGAAUACAACUAACUUUUCCAUUCUAAAUGAAGUCGAUGAUGUGGUGAGUAACUACUAUAAUAAAAAUAAUAAUAAUCCUUAUCCUGUUGUCCAAACAGUAACAGAUAGUAGUAAUAACAACUAUAUGAAUACAAACAUACACAAUUAUUAUAAUAGUAAUAAUAUUAAGCAUAACGAAACAUACGAUAAUGUACUACUACUGCAGCAGGAAAGCCAACAGUAUGGUAUUACAAAUAAAGGAAAUAAUAAGGAGAGCAUCAUGAUGCAUAUAUAUGAAAACAGGAGCGAUAGGGAAAAACACACGGACAAAAGCACCUUGAAUGAGUUACUAUAUAUGCAAAACAGAGGCAAUAAUAAUAGUAAUAAUAACAAUCAUAAUAGUGGUAACCAUAAUAAUAAUACGUACAUCAAUAACAACGAAGAGAGAAAUACAGAUAACUAUGCCACCCAUGAUGAAUGUGAGGAUAAGAAGCAACUAAAUGAAUUUAAAAAUGACUUAAAAAAUACUUAUGAUAUAGCUAUUGCAUAUUAUAAUAAAAGAACGAAACAUACCAUUUUGGAAAAAACAAAUAAAAACAAUGUACUGUUCAAAGGAAGUGAAAGCGAAAAAUUUUCGAAGCAAAGAACAGAGGAUAUUAUAAAUUCGAAGAUUAACAAUUUGGAGGUUUGCACCCCUGAGAUUUGUAGUCCUGAGAUUUAUCAUAAUAUCAUUACAAAAAGAAAUAUUCAAAAGAUAGUUGAUGAUCAUACACAAGAACAGCAAUCCAAACAAAAAUUGUCCACAAUUAGCUCUUCUUCUUCGUGUGAAAACAAGAUAAAAUUAAAAAAAAUGCAUCAUUUGGAUAAAUUUAAUUUUUAUAAAAUUUUUGUAUUCUUACUGCAAAUUUCUGCUAUUUCUUUGUUCUCCUUUGUGAUCAUAUUUAUAUAUACAUCGUUCAAAUAG